GACUUCCGGUCUCGCGCACCCGGAAGAUUCGGAUGCAAGUUUCAGCUCUCGACCGUGCAUCCAUAUGCUCGUUACUUUCAACGUCUUAAUGUGAUUUAGGUGCUUUUUCUACCCAGUAGUCUUUGCAAAAAUGUUAUCUUUAGACUUUCUCGACGAUGUUCGUCGCAUGAACAAACGGCAGCUCUAUUACCAGGUGCUGAACUUUGGUAUGAUUGUUUCCUCUGCCCUGAUGAUCUGGAAAGGACUGAUGGUUGUUACUGGCAGUGAGAGUCCGAUUGUUGUUGUUCUCAGUGGGAGUAUGGAGCCAGCUUUCCACAGAGGAGACCUGCUGUUUCUGACCAACCGGGUAGAGGAUCCCAUCAGAGUUGGAGAGAUUGUUGUCUUCAGGAUAGAAGGCAGAGAGAUCCCAAUAGUACACAGAGUACUAAAGAUCCAUGAAAAGGAGAAUGGAGACAUUAAGUUCUUGACCAAAGGGGACAACAAUGCAGUGGAUGACAGAGGACUGUACAAGCAGGGCCAACACUGGCUCGAGAAAAAAGAUGUGGUUGGACGAGCUCGGGGGUUUGUGCCAUACAUUGGAAUUGUCACCAUCCUUAUGAAUGAUUACCCCAAGUUCAAAUAUGCUGUUCUUUUCAUGUUGGGUCUCUUUGUGUUGGUCCAUCGGGAGUGAAAGAACCCAAACUUCAGGACUCAAGAAGGAUAAACUACGUCCAGGAAACCUCAGUCAUGCCUUUCAAAACAGAAUUAAGUUAGAUUUUGUCAAAAACCCAACUGGCUUUUUUGUACCAUUUGUUUGGACAUUUUGUAGAAACGUGGAUAGGGUGUUUACAUUUGAAAUAUCCAAGCUUUAAAAAAUAUUUUUGUGAGGGAACUAGGCUAGGUUUAGUUUGAAAUCGAUCUUUAUUUGUAAUCCUCCGAAUGUGAAAGAACAUUCAUCAAGUUAAAUUAAGUCUGGUUUCUUUCCUGUUGAAUCAUUGUCUUCGACAAAAUAUGUGUGAAGUAUUUUAUGACAACUGAAUAUGAAUGAUAUUAAAUAUGAAAUCUGGUUACCAUC